AGACUCGAACCUAGGAUGUGGAAAGAAAUCGCCAAUUUACCCCGAAAUUCUCACUCAACGCUAUAAAAGCUUUUAUGUGGAGAUUUUCGUCUACGAUUGCAUGGAGUCAAUCAAUUCUUGGCUUUCAAUGCAGCUCUUGGUU